AUGUCCAAAACAAUACAACUCAUCUUUAUCUUGCUGUCGGUGAUGCAGUGUUACAACUUAAAUGACUCUAACAGUGAAAGUGAUGUGUCAGUCAACGAAAAUAGUGUCGCAAAAAGUUUUCACACUAUUCAGACGGUGAUUUUAAAGCGUUUGAAGUGCCAUCAGGAUAUUUUGUGGGGCAGAUCGGGUAAUUUGAAGUUAUGGAAGAAACGCAGAAGAACAAUUCAACCGGUCAAAGUGUUGUUGAGUGAACGUGUUAAAAGAGAAAAACCUAAUUAUAAAAUACGUAGAGGAGAGGUUUCGGAACCACGAACUAUACAUCUAGUGCAUAUGAACUCCGGACUGGCUGUUUCCGAUGUCGCUCCCUUGUCAUUAGUGGCCAGAUUUAAAAAACAGUGGCCGGAGAGGUUAUGGCGGGAAAAGGGCUUGUACACGAACGACUACUUGGUGUUGAUAAAUUCUCACUGGCUGCACUUCCCUCCUCCUGAUCCUAGCGUUAAUUAUGUACUGGGCAGUCUGUACAUAGUGAUGAUGGCAGUUGGAUGCUCCGGGAAUGCUUACGUCCUUUUUAUGUACCUUAGAUGCCGCAGUCUGCGCACUCCAGGCAACAUCCUCGUGGCGAAUCUGGCUCUAAGCGACUUUAUGAUGCUUGCUAAAACGCCAAUCUUCAUUUUCAACUCUUUCCACUUUGGCCCUGCCUUGGGAAAAACUGGUUGCGUUAUUUACGGAUUCGUGGGAGGUUUAACUGGCACCACAUCAAUCGCCACGUUGUCAGCUAUCGCCCUGGACCGUUAUUGGGCAGUGGUCCGACCUUUAGAAGCAGUAGGAGCCAUCACUACCAUACGAGCUAGAAUCCUGGCGGUGGUCGCCUGGCUCUACGCUGCUAUCUUCGCCUCCGUCCCGGCCUUUGACAUCGGAUACGGGCGCUACGUCCCCGAAGGCUACCUCACGAGCUGCAGUUUUGACUAUCUCACUGAAGAGAGUCGGCCCCGCAUUUUCAUAUUUGUCUUUUUUUGUGCCGCAUGGGUUGCACCUUUUUGUACAAUUUUCUUUUGCUACCUAAGCAUUUUCCGGACCGUAGUCUGUAAUAGGAAUAUUACAACUAAAAAUCAGGAGCAAAGGCUUUCAUCCAGACAUGUCAAAGAGCGUGCCAAACGCAAAGCGGAAAUUAAAUUGGCCGCUCUCGUCAUGGCCGUCAUAGCCUUAUUUUUUAUAUCGUGGACGCCUUAUGCGGUAGUCGCUCUUUUGGGCAUAUUUGGGAGAAAAGAUCUCAUUACGCCUUUAUCCUCCAUGAUACCCGCAUUAUUUUGCAAGACAGCCGCGUGUAUAAAUCCUUUCAUUUACAUAAUAACCCAUCCAAACUUUCGAAAGGAAUUUAAGAAGUUGUUGUAUAGGGACAAAUCCAGACGAAUGGGAGGUACUAUGAAAACCAUAGGAUACUAUACAGAGUCCACAAAAAUGCAUAGACCAAGUAAAGAUCUAAGUGACACUGAUGUAGAGAUCAUCGAGAUGACUGACAUUCCCUAUCAGACUGACCAAUUAUUAGAAAGGCGUGGUCCGAAAGUUAAAACGAUAUCUUCAAGAGUUAUAGAUCGCGAGGGUUCUCAAAAGAGUAUAAGCAUGAAAAGCUUUGAAGAAGACGUCGUCAGCCCUCCGUCUUGGUAUUCGAAACCUAAAUUUGCAAAAAAGAAAAGUUUUCAAACUCGCUCCUUAAAAAGCAUAGUAUCAUUAAAUACGGAUCCUACAAUUUAG